AUCAAUUUUACAAUUCGGAGCAUCCCGUUCCAAAAAUAACUCUCCCCGGUUUAAAACUAACUGUGAAACCCCGACAGCCGACGAUACCAAUUUCUCUCACCGGUAAAAUCCCAGUUCCACCGCACACGGAGCAGCGGCAGUGCAUGGUUCCUCCAAUUGGGGUUUUGAAUUCUAGGAGAAAGUUUUGUGUUAGUUGGUGCAAAAUCACAUCCAUGGAGCACGAAUGUUAUGCACUAAUUAAAAUCUUCAAGAAAGAAAGGGGGAGGGAGAGAGGGUGUGUGUUCUGUAUGAAAAUACAUAAGGAGUUGGAGUAACUUACGAAGUUGGAGUGGUGUUGAAUGCACGUGCACACCAGUUGCUCGACGUAUUGCCUUAAAAGCCUUGCUAUUAUGAUGCGCUUCAAAGGCUUUUUUGUGAGCAAUCUGGCAGUAUUGGAAUCAAUCCUAUUUCAGAACUCUGGUCGUAUGUGUGUGCAAAUCCGGCUCAAAUCAAGUGGAGGUAGCAAACCCAAGAAGAAAAUCUAUCAUAGGGUCCAUGAACUUGACAAAGUCAUGGACCUACAGAAGAAACCAGCGGUAAUCCUCCAACUCAAAGACAUUAUUCAAUCCCAUAAAAACAAAUGUAUCCUACUUAGGGAUCUGGAAAAGGAAGUGGGUUUUGUUCAGAAAUGGAACUGUAUGGCUGUCAUUGAAAAGUACCCUACAAUAUUCCAUGUUAGUGGUGGUAACCGAACUCCCGUCUCAGUUCAGCUUACUGAAAAAGCGCAAAGAGUUGCAGCUGAUGAAGAUGAAGCCAAGAUACUCAUGGAGCCUAUUUUGGUUAAGAAUCUGAGGAAGUUGUUGAUGUUGACUGUCGAUUGCAGGGUGCCACUGGAAAAGAUUGAACUUAUUGAAAACGAAUUGGGUUUACCAAUAGAUUACAAGAAAUCACUUAUUCCCAAAUAUCCGGAGUUUUUCUCAGUGAAAGAUGUUAAUGGAAAGGCUUACUUACACCUGGAAAGUUGGGAUUCUUCACUUGGAGUAACUGCUCGAGAGGAGAAGUUAACUCAUGAAGGGGAAUCAAAGGGUGGAGGGAAAGGAGAGAGAGUUAAGAUUUCAAAGGAUGGAAACUAUCCUAGUCCGAACGCAUUUCGUAUUUACUAUCCUGCUGGAUUUCGGCCAAAUACGGAUUUUCUUGAAAACCUUGAGAGAUGGCAGAAAUUGGAAUUUCCUUCUCCAUAUUUAAAUGCCAGGAGAUUUGAUCAGGCAGAUCGAAUGGCUCGGAAAAGAGUGGUGGGAGUGCUCCAUGAGCUUCUAAGCUUGACUAUUGAGAAGAGGAUGACAUCUGUUCAAAUGAAUGCCUUUCAGUCAGAGUUGCUCUUACCUGCAAGGCUAUUGCUUUGCUUAAUUAAGCAUCAUGGUAUCUUCUAUAUCACGAACAAGGGUGUACGAAGUACUGUCUUUCUUAAGGAAGCAUAUGAUGGUUCAAAUUUGAUUGAAAAAUGCCCUAUAUUGAGAUACAAAGCCAAAUUUGUAGCACUUAGCGGUAGAUUGGAUUCAACUUUCUCUGAUGACAUACGUCAGAAAAUUUGAGACUCAUGUGACCAGGGCAAGAAUUGAAACUGACUUCCUAUGAACAAGACCUAAUCUGAAGUUUUUACUUUUGACAUUUCUGGAGAGCAAGAAAUGAAAGAAAAGUGUAAGUCUGAUUUGGGAUUUUUGACAGGCUGAGAACUAUGCAGAGGUUUAAGGCUCUGGCUUGCUCCAGUAAGCACUACUGGAAAUAGCAAAGGUGUCUUGUAUUAAGCACUUGAGGGCAGCUAGAAUUUUAUUCUUGGCUUCUUGUUUUGAAGUUGCUUUGAUUGCAGGGGCGGAGCCAGUAGGGGUGUUGGGUUGGUGGAGGCCUGACCCUCGCAGCCCAACUCACAGUUCCUUUAUCUUCUAAGCUUGCUCUCCGAAGAAAUUUUUUUUUAGCACACAAACGGAGAACUUAUAUUAGCAUAAAAUUAGCAUUUUUAGUACUGAAAAGAAACGAUUAGAAUAUCUGGAUCCAAAAGCAUGAAGGGUGGAUGGAGCAAUAAAACAGAAAAGGGGUUUAUAAUACAGCAAAAGACUCCCUUUGGACCCUUAAAACUACAGCAGCAUAUGAUCCAGAUCAGCUGCAUAGGCAAGUCUUGCACAAUCCGGAACUGUGAAGUGUUUGGAAAUCAACAAACAAGUAGUUUUAAAUACUGAAACUUGUACUCUUUUCUUUUUUUUGGUAAUAAAGAGUAGCUAGAUUAACUUAAUAAACCAUCAUACAGCAUAAUGUUUGUUAUGUUUCUCCA